UGGCACUAGGUAUAUCUGUGGCACCAAAACUGCGUUUAGUUUUACAAGAGCCCGUCUCUCUGACACAAGAAUUGAAGAAAUUAUUUAUGUUGGAGAACUGCUGAAGACGAAUAAGUAUGUUCUGAAUGUCAUGGCAUUCAGGGAAAUGUCGCAGAAGGGGCUCCUUCCAUCAGUCAUCUUCACCCUGUUCAUGUUCACAUUUUUUAUGCCAGCUCAGUUUAGUGUCAUCAAUGUGAACUGUUCUGAACCGACCCAACUCGCUCUGCUGAAGGCUCUGACUCCACUCUUCAACAUGACGGCCAUACGGCCUGUCGUGAACUCGAAAACCUGCACCAACGUCAGCAUCAUCUUCACUAUAUAUGGGAUACUUGGAGUGGAUGAAAAAGCCCAACUCCUGAAGACCUACAUUUGGUUAAGUUAUUGGUGGCCAAAUGAGUUUGUUACUUGGGAUGCAGGCCAAUGUGGCAGUGACAGGAUUUCUCUACCCAGAGAGAAAUUUUGGGUUCCAGAUAUUGUAAUCAAUGAAUUUAUGGAUGAAAACACAGCCCCAUCAGUCCCAUAUGUCUUCCUGUUCAACACUGGCAUGGUGCAUGAUGCCCACCCUGUGAGAAUUAUCAGCUCCUGUAACCUGGAUAUCUACACCUUUCCCUUUGACAUUCAAAACUGUACCUUGACUUUCAACUCCUACCUCCAUUAUGCAUCGGACAUCAGACUUUUUCUCGGAAACACUGUAGACUACAUCACAGAGCGCUCCAAGCGUGUGAUGACCACGCUGGGGGAAUGGGAGCUGCUCACUAUCACUGCUCAUACCAGUAAUGACACUUACGGGGACUAUAUAGACACCUUGGCAUUUCAUAUCAGGCUGAAGCGUCGUGCAACUAUGUAUGUGGUGAACCUGCUGAUCCCCAGCUGCUUCCUCAUCACGGUGGACCUGUUUAGCUUCCUGUUGCCUCCACAGAGUGUCGACCGGUCUUCCUUCAAGAUGACCCUUAUCCUGGGCUACACCGUCUUCCUGCUCAUCAUGAAUGACCUGCUGCCGGUCACCGGAAAUGCUAUACCUCUCAUAAAUGUGUUUUUCUCGCUCUGCCUGGCUCUGAUGGUAGCGAGUCUCCUGGAGACAAUUGUCAUUACCAACCUGUUGUCUGGUGCUGCUGACUUCGGUCCCGUCCCAAACUGGAUCCGAGUGCUCCUCCUUCAAAUUCUGGGCCCCCUUGUUUGUCUGCGACAAAAGAACAAGAAGUCAAAACAUUUUGAAAUGAAGACUCAGGUGGGAAAGAACGAAAAUAUCAAGGCCCCUACAGAAGUCGGGAGCCCAGUGGAUGAGGGCAAAGCCGUGCAAGAGCUUAGGAGCCUGGGCAAAGACGUGCAGAGCAUCCGCCUUCUGGUGGAGAAGCAGCUGAAGCAGAACGACAGUGAGGAGGAGUGGAUCCAGUCACAAAUAAACCAGCGAGGUAUUGGCAGGCAAGGCAAUGACACCGACGCCACACUCGGCACUCCUUUUCAAAAUCAGGUGUGCUCGCUGCAGAAAGUCAAGUCUUCUAAGCUUCUAUUCCUCUUCAUCUCUGUGCUCAUGUGUGCUCCAUCCAGUUCCAUGAUGCUGAAUUGCUCUGAGCCGGACACACCUUCAUUAUUGGAGGCCCUCAGGCCAGUGUUCAACUUGAGCGCUAUCAGACCUGUCGUAUAUUUGUCAACCGCAACCAAUGUCACCCUCGAUUUCACCCUGUUUGGCAUCUUAGGAGUUGACGAGAAGGCCCAAGUCCUGACAACAUUCAUCUGGCAAACUUUGAAAUGGAAAAAUGAAUUUCUAAGCUGGGAUUCAGAAAGUUGUGGGACCGAGCGCAUUACAGUUCCGAGAAAACUGCUCUGGGUCCCAGAUGUUGUCAUCAAUGAAUUCAUGGAGAAAAACACUGCUCCAUUUGUCCCUUACACCUACCUGUUUCAUGACGGCUGGGUGAUCGAUGGACAGCCUGUUAGAGUCGUCAGCUCCUGCAGACUUGACACUUACGCUUUUCCAUUCGACAUUCAGAACUGCACUUUCAGUUUCAACUCCUACUUACACCACAGGGCUGAGGUGGAGAUUGAAUUACAAGGCCCAGCCGACGAAAUAUUUCACCGCUCUAAAGACGUGAUAACAACCAUGGGUGAAUGGGAAUUAAUUUCAAUCAACUCAAGGAUCUUUGAGCUUAUAUCUGGAAGUGGACAUAUUUAUGAGGAGCUUCGCUUUUUUAUCGGAGUGCGGCGGCGGGCCACUCUGUACAUAGUCAACCUUCUAAUCCCCACCUGCUUCCUCAUCACGGUGGACCUCUUCAGCUUCAUUUUGCCUCCCAAAAGUGUUGACCGAUCUUUGUUCAAAAUGACUCUCAUCCUGGGCUACACCGUCUUCCUGCUGAGCAUGAACAACAUGCUGCCCGUCUCUGGAAACACCAUACCUCUCAUAAAUGUGUUCCUAACCCUCUGCCUUUCUCUGAUGGUGGCCAGUCUGUUGGAAACUAUUAUCAUUACCAACCUCAUUUGCGGCUCUGCGCGGUACCCUGCAGUUCCUCGCUGGAUCAGAGUGAUCUUUCUUCACAUUCUGGGGCGACUCGUAUGUCUUCCUCCGAAGUCUAAAGAUCAGGAAGACACUGUGAUCUCAAAUCCCUCGGCACAAGAAAUGAAACUUUCCUCUACAGCGACUCAGGAAAGUGAAACUAAAAGGCAGGAGUCCUCACUGAAUGGGGACAAGGCUGUGCAAGAGCUGAGGAGUCUUAAUAUGGACCUCCAGGACAUCCGUCAUCAGUUGGAAAAGCAACUGCGUGGAAACCAGGACACAGAGGACUGGAUCCAGGUGGGUUUUGUCAUUGACCGCCUGCUGUUCAUCCUUUAUAUCCUCUUCAUAUCAACCAGCUUUGUUACCAUCAUCAUCCUGUGGGGAAAAUCCUACAGCACACUACACGACCAUUGAUAUAAUUUGUGCUUGUUCCUUGUCCUCUCCAUGUUUGAUCACUAAACUUCAUCAAGGAGUUUUUCUUCUGGUUUUUCAUUGCAUAUCACGUGAAGUCUGCUUUAUACACAGAAUGCUUACAGUCAUAUUUGAAGCGUUUGAAACAAUGUCUUAAAUAGCUCAUCCAAAUACUGUUAGAGGUUUUUCAUAAUUCAGAUUAUUCAUAGUCAACAUGACAAUAAUGUGAACCUGCAGCACAGGAAAAGGCAUUAACAGUUCAGUUGCUCUUCAGCUUUUAUAUGAAUGCUACACACACACACCAGCGUGU